AUGAUUAAGGCUAGAAGUAACUCUUCCCUCAUUGUUGGUUUGGUGUUGAUGUGCAUGAUUGCAUUCUUGAGCGUUUAUGCAAAUGCUCGUAGAGGUGGUGGUGGAGGUGGAGGAGGAGGAGGAGGUGGUGGUGGUAGAUCAGCACCAGCUGCUGCUCCAGUUUACAGAGCACCUACACCAGUUUACACACCAGUGUAUAGAGCUCCGCAACCAGUUUAUAGAGCUCCACAACCAGUGUACAGAGCUCCACAACCAGUAUAUAGAGCUCCAACUCCAGUUUAUAGAGCUCCACAACAUGUUUCAAGACCUACAUCAGUUUAUAGACCAGCUUCACAACCAGUUUCAAGACCUGUUACUAGAUCUGCUUCUAAACCAGCUGCUGCCAACAAAUUUGUUGCUACAAGGACAUUAACUAUUGGAAAGAUGGCAGUUCACCACCACCACAAGCAUGGUAAGCAUCACCAUCAUCACCACCACAAGCAUGGAAAACAUCAUGAUGGAAAGGAUGGUAAGCAUCACCAUCACAAGCAUGGUAAGCAUCAUCACCAUCAUCACCACCACCACAAGCAUGGUCAUGGAAAGGAUGGUAAGCAUCAUCACCACCAUCAUCACCAUAAACAUGGCCAUGGUGGAUCUUCUGGCUCAACAUCUGCUGGUUCCUCUCCUGUAAUGGCAACUUUUGGUAGUGCAUCCUCCAGGGGUAUCUCACCAGUCAGAUCAGUCUCAGUUUCAAAUAAGAACGAACGUAUUAGUGCUCCAGUUAAAUCAUAUAGAAGUGCUAUUAAGUCUACUACAGAAAAGAGUACCAAUGGUUCUAAAUCAUCUGUGUCAGUAAAGAGCCUCUCUGCAGGCAAAGGAAAGGAAAAAGCUCCAACUAAAAAGAAUAACUCUCCUUCAGUUCGUAAGCAAAAUAACAAAUCUUCAACUAGUAAGAAAGAUACUAAGGGAGAUUCAAAAAAGCCAACUACUCAAAAGGAUACUAAGAAGAAUAUUAAGAAAGAUAACAAGAAAGAUAACAAGAAAGAUACCAAGAAAGAUGCUAAGAAGGAUGCCAAGAAGGGUACUAAGAAAGAUAACAAGAAGGUCAAAGAUUCAAAGCCAAAGAAAACCACCGAAAGUGAUGCGGAUGAUUUUUCUUACGGAACUGAUGAAAGCUCCUCUCAACCACAAUACAUCCCAGUUGAAAGUGCUCCAGUUAAGCAAUCAGUCAAUACUCCAGAAAUUCAAGUAGAAGAGGAAGAAGAAUCUGAACAAGUUUCAGCCAAGUCAAAUAAUUCAAAGAAAUCUGGAAAGAAACAUGUUGCCAAGAAACAACCUGUGGAAGAUUUAGAAAUUGCUCCAAAACAAAGUGCUUCAAAGAAAUCAGGAAAGAAGUAUGGGAAGAAAUCUGCUAAGAAGUAUGGAAAGAAAUUAAAGAAAUAUGGAAAGACAUCUGAAAAGAAAUUAAAGAAAUCAAAGAAAUCUGGAAAGAAGCAUGGAAAAAAGAAAUCUGGAAACAAGUUUGGAAAGAAAUCAAAGAAAUCUGGAAAGAAAUCAAAGAAGUCAGGAAAGAAAUCAAAGUCUAAGAAGUAUGGAAAGAAGCAUGGAAAGAAAUCUAGAAAGAAUAAGAAGUAUGGAAAGAAAUCAAAGCCAAAGAAGAAGUAUGGAAAGAAAUCAAAGAAGUCAGGAAAGAAAUCAAAAAGAAAUCUGGAAAGAAAUCAAAGAAAUCAGAAAAGAAAUCAAAGAAGUCAGGAAAUAGUAAGAAGUAUGGAAAGAAAUCUGAAAAGAAAUCUGAAAAGAAAUCAAAGAAAUCUGGAAAGAAAUCUGGAAAGAAAUCAAAGAAAUCAGGAAAGAAAUCAAACAAGAAAUCUGGAAAGAGGGUAA